AUGAGCACAAUAAGCUUCCACUUGAAAUACAAGAGAAACAGAGUCCCUCGCAGAGGACAGAAGGGCCACAAGACAUACAAGAACCACAGACAAACCUCCACUGCAGAAGAUGCAUCUAUAAUAUUUAAUCUGUUUGAUAAGAUCCUUGCUAAACACCAUUAUGCAGUAUUGAACAAAGGAUUGACGUUUGUCCCUGUAAACAAACUUAAUCCCCUUCACGUUGAUAUUGAGAAGUAUAAACUUCAAAGAAUUUUAUGUAGUAACGAAUUAAGGAAAGAUUCCAAUAUCACACAGAGUCCACGAUUCUCCUCACAUGAAAAGAAGGAUAUUAAUUCCAACAACAGCUCCAUCAAAGCCUUUAUACAAGCAGUCCACAAGGAUGCCAUGGAAAUAAGUUGUUCUCCACCUAAACAUUGA